AAGAAGAAGAAGAAGAAGAAUAAUCAUCAUCUUUAUACGUACCCGAAGUUGUUGAUGAUGUAAGGGAAACGCAGAGCGAUGUCGAUGAUGUCAGUGCGUGCUCACGCUGUCUCUGUGUUGACGUGGCUUCUCAGUCUGUCUCCAGUAAUCCAGCAGUUGAAGUAAUGAGGCACAUAGCGGAAACUGGAGAAUGCUAUAAUCACUAAAGUCAAGCGGACCACAUUCGUUUCUCAGUGAAAAAUGACUGGAAGGAACCAGCACAAUGGUUUCCAGUUUGCAACCACAGUGCAGCCUCCCACAGGUGGUCACAUGUCUGCUUUUGGACACAACUCAGAGACUGACUACUCCGAGGAGGAUGGAGAGACCUUUGAGCUGCGUUCCAGAGGCAGGGAGAGGCAUCGCAGGAGCACAUCUACAGAUCGCAAGGACGAUAUUGUCUACUUGAUACGGGACAUAAAAGAGGGAGAUACGCUGAUCAGUAUUUCUCUGCAAUAUUUCUGUACUGUUGCAGACAUAAAGCGGGCCAACAACCUUCUAACUGAGCAGGACUUCUUUGCUCUGCGUUCCAUAAAGAUCCCUGUGAGAAAGUUCAGCUCAUUCACAGAAACUCACAAUACCACUGCCCACAAAAGCAGCUCACCAGGCUGCACUCGUCGAAUCUCAGAGAUCAUGAUUUCUGGAGCUUCUUUAGAUUCCACAUCCUCUUCCUCAUCUGUGGACAGUGUGGAGUGCUUCCUGCAGGAGAAGGACAAGGACAUUCAACUUCUCAUCAAGUCAUCUGACCCUUCCAGGAGCGGCCUGAACGAGGUUGUGUCCUCGCUGGAGCAGCCGCUUUUGGGAGACCCUGAGCGGAGACCCGCCCAAAAGAAAGACCCAUACUAUGGCGCUGACUGGGGAAUGAGAUGGUGGACCGCAGUUGCCAUCAUGUUGGUCGUGGGCAUAGUUACACCUGUUUUUUACCUGUUAUACUAUGAAGUUUUGAUAAAAGCAGAUGUUAGCAACCAUACUACCAUUGACUCUAUCAGGCCUAGACCAACACAGGCAGCUGCUGCUGAGCCUCAUGGGUUACCACGGACCAGUGCUGCCUCUCACCUACAGCCUGCUCCUAAACAGCAACAUUUUGUUAAGCAUGAACAGGAAACAUAACGGGGCACUUAAAAUCACCAGGAAUUGAUUUGGAGAGAUUAAUGGAAGGUAUAAGCGGAACCACAUUUUAAGUUAAAUUAACUGAAACACGUGAGAGAAUCGAGUAAUCAUGAAAUGAUUCCAGUCCUGUCAGCAAUUGUCCUUGAUACAUUUUGCAGUUGAUUGCUGGUUUUGUUUUGUGUGUGUCCCUCAUGAGCCAGUGUAUCUCUGUACCUUUAUUAAGCUCGUAGUUUGCAUCAAUGGCAAACAGAUGAUAUGUUGUGUAGGAUAUUUGCUGCCACUGUCUGGUUGUCAGGGAAAUAAACAUGGUAAUUUAUUUUAGAAAAUGUAGAAUCCAGAUUCAGUAUUGCAAAUGAUGGUAUAAAAAAAAAAUUGAAAAGUUGCUGGUUUUAAUUUUUUUUUUUUUUUUACUUUGCUUGUGAAAAAGAAAAAACUUAAUGGAACCAUAAUGGAUUCCUGUUUUUUGUUUCUUCUAGCAAGAGCACAGGGAUGAUUUGUAAAAGAUUCUCAGACAUGUUAGAUUCCAUUGAAGUAGCAGAGAUGUAAGCAUUUCUAUGAAACAUGGAGUACACUAAUGACAUUUGAACAGUAUGUGCCUUCAUCCUGUAGAUGCAGGUUGAAAAUAAAGGAAUUAUUUUAGUA